UUUGCAGAAGAGGGACUCCGUUGGAGAUUUUUUCCGACAACGGAACCAAUUUUCAAGCGGCGAGUAAGGAGUUGGCUCAGAAAGUUCAAUGUAUCGAGAUGGAAUGUGCAGAUAUCUUUACGGAUGCCAGGACCCGUUGGAGUUUCAACCCCCCUGCAGCACCGCACAUGGGCGGUAUAUGGGAGCGAUUGGUGCGUUCAGCAAAGGAGGCACUAAAAGCUCUACACGAUGGCGGCAAAUUAACUGAUGAGAUCCUGUUGACUGUGUUAUGUGAAGCUGAAGAUAUGGUGAAUUCUCGUCCGCUAACGUACGUGCCCCAAGAAUCAGCUGACUGCGAGGCUUUGACUCCUAACCACUUUUUGCGCGGUUUGCCUUCUGGAGUACGCGAAGAGGCCAAUUUGCCAACAACUUCGGCUGAAGCGUUGCGGGAUAGCUACAAGCGGUCUCAACAAUUGGCGGACAUCUUAUGGACGAGGUGGCUAAAAGAAUACAUUCCAACAAUCAACCAUCGAACCAAAUGGAUAGCCGAGCAAGAACCUGUCGUAGAAGGUGAGCUAGUCUACAUAGCCGACGGAAACAACAGAAGGACCUGGAUUAGGGGUAAGGUGGAGAAGGUGAUACGAGGCGCUGAUGGACGAAUUCGACGAGCAUUAGUGAGGACCUCAAAAGGAGUUUAUCGACGACCAGUUGCCAAACUUGCGGUGAUGGAGUUGAGAAGUAAAUCUGGCCAGGAUCAUAUAACCGGGUCAGAGUUACGGGAGGGGGAAUUGUUACCACCACCGCUGGGCCCAACUCAACGGGCCUAUCUGUCUGAACCGAAAGAUCGUGCUACAGAUAGUCUGCCAACACUGGGCACGGAUUGACGUUGUCAUAUGGACGUGAAGGUUGAGAGUAUAAGUGACAGAUCAUAAUUGAAACACGUUGCGAUUGGUACAAAAAUUAUACUAUAUUUACCAAGUUUAGCAAACGAUUAAUUAGCGAGUUUUUCUUUAUAUUCGAUAAGUAAGUGGUUCAGGGAUUUUUUGAAUAAGAGAUUUAUGAAGUUUCCUAAUUAAAAUUGAAAUUAUAGGUCGAGUAUUACCAAGAAUUUGCGAGAAACAAUUUGUUCAACCGACAAGUUAAAAAAGAAGAUCAUUAAUUUUUGAGCUGUGCGAAAAAGUCGUCUGCUGCAGAAAUUUCUUCAUUACGGUGAGAACAGUAC